AUGGCGGACAACUGCUCGGUGCUCGAUCCGUGGGUGUACCACUCGGAAUCGGCGUGGAUCAGCGAGGUCUCUGCCCGCGAGAACGCGGCCGUCGCCAUGGCCCUCCAGAUCUCCCUCUCCGACACCACCACCUCAUCCUCCUCCUCCUCCUCCGCCGCCUCCGCCGACACCCUUUCCUCCCCUCUCCUCCUCCUCCAGCACCAACUCACUCCCCCCUCUUGCUCCUCUGCGUCCGGAGACGCCACCCUUCGCCGGCGGAAUGCCCUCGGCCCGGCCCUGCAGGGGCGGGUCUCGAAGAGGAAGUCGCACGCGUCGAAGCGGUCGGCCACCACCUACAUCUCCGCCGACCCGAUCGACUUCCAGGAGGUGGUGCAGCGGGCGACGGGGUUCCGUCUCGCGGGGGAGCCACUGGUGAAGCCCGAGCCGGUACGGUCCGCGGCGGGCGACCGGGCGGCCCUGCAACAGAUCCGCCUGCCCACGCUCGACACCUCGGUGUCUUUUCUGGAUACGGGCGCGGUCGGGAUCCCGAGCGGGGGCUUCUCGUCCGGGUUACCACCACCUGCCUACGCGCCGGACUUCGACUUCGAUCCACUACUCCCGGCCUUCCCUACGCUGGAUUCGUGGGGUGUCAUGUAG